AGCAAACAAUUCUGGUUUAGUUAAGCAAAAAUCAGCUAUUUUUAAUGUUUCGCUUUGCAAAGGUUUGCUAUUUUGCUUCGAGAUAUUUUUCCUAUGGGAAAAAUAUAUUUCUUUACAUUAGGAGGAGUUUCUAGAUGCAAAGAAAAUGCAACGGGGAAAAAUAGCUUUCGGCAAAAUCAACUUAAGCCUUACGGCAACGGAUUCUAAGGCCAGUGGUAAUGCUGGUGCUGGUACUUCCAUGGGUUUUAAAAAAAUCGACAAGGAGCAAAUGCAACGUAAAGUUGAAGAGAUCAGCGGGGAUUUGGAGAGUCAAAAUUUAAAGGAAAUUAUGGGCAUAACUAGUUUUGGAAGAAAAGCGGCGAAAAUUUUUGACAUAAAUGAACAAAUUGCCAAAGCGAAAGAAGCUGCUCCCACCCACACCCAAAUUACAAACGCAGAGCUUUCAAAAGACAAUGCCUUAGAAGUUGAAGAAGAUGAUGACAGUGAAAUAAUAGGCCCUUUGCCAACCAUUGCUCUUAGUAACUCGCAACCCACUAAGGACGAAGAACGUGAUGAAGGGAGUGGCGACGAAGAGAGUGAUGAAGACGAACUGGAUUUAUUUAAAAGUAUACCUAAUACUCAUGAAGUCAAGAUGCAACAUGGAAAUAAAGCAAUCUUAGCUUUAGCGGGCGAUCCGGCCGGGGCGCGUUUAGCUUCAGGUUCUAUCGAUUAUGAUAUGUGCUUCUGGGAUUUUGCGGGCAUGGACUCUUCUAUGCGCAGUUUUCGUACGUUACAACCCUGCGAUAAUUAUCCUAUACGCGGUCUGCAAUAUUCAAUAACAGGUGAUGUUAUAUUGGUUAUAUCGGGUAAUGCCCAAGCCAAAGUAUUGGAUCGUGACGGCUUUGAAAAAAUGGAAUGUGUUAAGGGCGAUCAAUACAUUAGCGAUAUGAGCCAAACAAAAGGUCAUACAGCCCAACUGACAGCUGGUUGUUGGCAUCCCUUUACUAAAGAAGAGUUUUUAACUGCAGCUUUAGACGGUACGUUGCGUAUAUGGAAAGGCCUUAGAAAUAAAGAACAAAAUACAGUUAUAAAAACGCGCGCUCAGGGCGGACUCAAAACAAGCGCUUCAUCUUGCGGUUACAAUCGGGAUGCGACGUUAAUAGCAGCAGGUUGUAUAGAUGGCUCUCUGCAAACAUGGGAUACUCGCAAAAUGUUUGUAAAUACCACGCACUGCGUACGAGGAGCACACCAGAAAAAUUGUGAAAUUACAUCUGUUAUGUUUUCAUACUUAGGUCACCUCAUAGCCACUCGAUCAAAUGAUGAAACCAUGAAAUUAUGGGAGUUGCGUUAUUUGAAGGAACCAUUACACACUUGGUCAAAUCUUUUUUCACGUUAUGAUACUACAGAUUGUUGUUUCAGUCCGGACGAUCGUUUGUUGGUAACCGGUGAAUCCCUGUCGAAAAGUCAGCAGCAAGCAAAUAUAUAUUUUUACAAUGUGCAGACGUUCGAUGAAGUCAAGCGUAUACCGGUUACAGAUUCACAUAUUAUAAAAACGUUGUGGCAUCCAAAAUUGAAUCAGUUAUUCGUAGGAUGCGGUAAUGGGGUUAUCAAAUGCUACUACGAUGAAAGGCGUAGUUUUAGAGGAGCAAAAUUGUGUGUAGUUAAAACUUAUCGUAAGAAGAAACACGCUGAAAUUAUGGGAGUAUCUCAGAUCAUUACACCUCAUGCUUUGCCCAUGUUUCGCCAAGAGAAAUCGCGUUCCUCCCGGAAGAAAGUAGAGAAGGAACGUUUAGAUCCUGUUAAAUCGCAUCGCCCUGAUUUACCAAUCACCAGCGGCCAAGGAGGCCGUGUAGCCAGCUCUGGUGGGACUUUAUCGUCGUAUGUGAUACGUAAUUUAGGACUCAGUAAACGCGUUGAUGAUGACCAGGAUCCCCGAGAAGCCAUUUUAAAGUAUGCCAAAGAGGCAGAAGAAAACCCAUACUGGAUUGCGCCGGCUUACAAGAAAACCCAGCCGAAGCCAGUAUUUUCGGAACCUGUAGAUCCAAACGAAGAACAAAAUGAACCUAGCUUAAAAAAAGCCAAAAAGGAGUAAAGUUCGAUAAAGCAAUUAUUUAAGAGUAGACAUUAGGAAAAUAUAAUAAGACGAAGAAACUUCCUUGGAAAGUUAGAAUAGAAUAGGAGUAUGAAAGACUUUGAUAGUAUAAUAAUAAAAUAUUGUAUAUGAAUGGAGGAAUGCAAAAUCAC